AUGGGGAACAUCUCCUCCAACAUCUCUGCCUUCCAGUCCUUGCACAUCGUCAUGCUGGGCCUGGAUUCGGCGGGCAAGACCACGGUGCUUUACCGGUUGAAGUUCAACGAGUUCGUCAACACUGUGCCCACCAUCGGGUUUAACACGGAGAAGAUCCGGCUGAGCAACGGGACUGCCAAGGGCAUCAGCUGCCACUUCUGGGAUGUGGGUGGUCAGGAGAAGCUGCGCCCGCUCUGGAAGUCCUACAGCCGCUGCACCGACGGCAUCAUAUAUGUGGUGGACUCAGUGGACGUGGACCGGCUGGAGGAAGCCAAAACAGAGCUGCACAAGGUGACCAAGUUCGCCGAGAACCAGGGCACCCCGCUGCUGGUCAUCGCCAACAAGCAGGACCUGCCCAAGUCCCUCCCGGUGGCUGAGAUCGAGAAGCAGCUGGCCCUCCAUGAGCUGACCCCUUCCACCACCUACCACAUCCAGCCCGCCUGCGCCAUCAUUGGUGAGGGACUCACGGAGGGCAUGGACAAGCUCUACGAGAUGAUCCUGAAGCGGAGGAAGUCCCUCAAGCAGAAGAAGAAGCGGUAG